GCGCGGACUAAAGUUCCGGGACAGCCGUUCGUCACGUUUUCCGCUCUGUUUUCGAGUUAAUGUGAUAAAUACGAGUUGAAAUGUGACACGUUAAAUCGUUUGUGUAUUUUAAAAAUAGUUUGAACACACUUAAUGCGGGGUGUUGUCUACAGUUUUCUCUAUAUAUAUUUUUUGGGUUGGCUACGUCGGUGCGUCCCCUUUAAGAGGUGUUGGGUGUAGGCUGUGAAACUCAGAGGGAAGCUACAGAGUCAAACUGGAGGUAAACAGAGAUACUUUGAAGAAAACUUAGAGUGAGACGCUCUCUGUAUUGAAAGGCUGUUGAGGCUGGCAGGCUGGAUGUGGUCGUCAUGGUGAACGAUGUUCCGGAAAGUCAAAAAGCGCCACAGCAGCAGCAGCUCGCAAAGCAGUGAGAUCAGCACCAAAAGCAAAUCUGUGGACUCCAGUUUGGGGGGGCUUUCCAGAUCCAGCACAGUCGCCAGUCUUGAUACAGACUCCACCAAGAGCUCAGGCAACAGCACAUCUGAAGCAUGUGCUGAGUUCAAGGUCAAAUAUGUGGGAGCCAUCGAGAAGUUACAGUUCGACAUGAGCCGGACCCUGCAGGAGCCUCUGGACCUCAUCAACUACAUCGAUGCUGCUCAGCAAGAUGGAAAGCUGCCCUUCGUGCCCGGAGAUGAAGAGAUGAUUCUGGGUGUGUCGAAGUACGGCGUCAAAGUGGCCUCACUGGACCAGUGUGACGUGCUGCAUCGCCACCCUCUCUACCUGAUCGUGCGCAUGCUGUGUUACGAUGAUGGCCUGGGUGCGGGGAAGAACCUCCUUGCUCUGAAAACCACUGACACACAGCAGGAGGAGUGCAGCAUCUGGGUGUAUCAGUGCAGCAGCUCAGAGCAGGCUCAGUCCAUCUGCAAGGUGCUGUCGGCUUCUUUUGACUGCGCUCUGACGUCAGACAAAUCCUGAGGGCAACAGCACAAACGAGAGAGAUGAGGCUUUUCUAGAGAGAGGGAAGAAGCAACAACCAAGAUAACGAAAUGUGCAAUCAUUUCCCCUUUUAUUCCAGCUUUGUUUACCUUUGGAAGAGAAACCUGUGGGGUUUCCAUCCACUCUGUGGGGAAAAAAAACACUUGAGUCAAACCUUUUUUAAAAAAGGUCAAAGUUAGUUCAUCAUCAUUCUCUAGAGAUGCUGUGAAUUUGUCUGACUCAUUUCCUUUGACUUCCUUGUUUUUAAGUUUUACCUCUCAUGUGAAGUCAGAAAAGAAAAAGGGAAAUGGUUGCGGUAGAAAAAUAUAAAUAAAGUUAACUUCACAGCUUUCUGCAAAACAUAAAAAACGAUUUUAAAUAACACAAGGGUACUUAAUAUAUAAUAGUGGCACUGAACUGUGUUAGCAUACAGUCUUAAAUGGGAGGCAUUCAUCAGCAGGAAACAAGUUACUGAAGACGGUUCGUACAAAAACAUACCAUGACAGUAACGGUACAGUAACGUCACUUUUAACUCAGAGGUACAUCAAACAAAGAUGAUCUGAGCAGAGUCUUACCUUCUACUCAUUUUAAUGAGUUUUUUUUAAUGCAUUUUAUUCAAAUGUCUUUGUGCUGAAAAUGACUUGGUACCAAAAGCUUGAAGUAUUUUCUGAUAUACAGUAUAUAUAUUUUUGUGUAAGUGUGUGUGUGUGUUGUAGUGUUCAGAGAAAUCCAACAGACUUGCUAAAACCACAUAAAUUGAAGUUUGCUGUUCAUGUUGGUACUAACUUGACUUCAGCUUAUAUAAAAUAAUAACCCUGCCCCUUUAAUUGUUCCCUUUUUGACAUAAGGAGUGGAAAUGUGUGACAACAGGGAAAUAAAGGAGUGAUGUGGUACUUUAAAGGAGUGGAAGGAUUUUUGGUUUUACACGUUUGACUAAUAAAGUGUUUUUAAAUAUG